CUGAGCCUUGAGUGAAUAAACCCACCACAUUCCUCAUCUCUCCAUUUUGUUUUUCGUGAUUUAGCUGUGAUUUCUUCUCCUUCUUCUUCAUCUUCUUCUAGUUCAUAAACUCUUACCCGGAUGGAAGAAGCCCUGAGGAGGCUAAACGGGCUGACCCACGCGCCGGAAACCGACCCCAUCCAACUUCCCCCAAACAAGCCGUGCACCGCCGCCAACAAGAGGUCCCUCAAAGACGCUAGCGCCCCAGGUAAUCCGAUGAGGUAUCGAGGCGUCCGUCGGCGUCCGUGGGGCCGUUACGCCGCCGAGAUCAGAGACCCUCUGUCCAAGGAGAGGAAGUGGCUCGGCACCUUCGACACGGCGGAGGAGGCGGCAUGCGCCUACGACUGCGCCGCCCGGGCCAUGCGAGGCGUCAAGGCCCGAACCAACUUCGUCUACCCUACUUCGCCGCCGCCUCACGCUUCCGGCCACGGUUCAUUCAAUAUCCCUCCGUUCAACUACAAGAAAGCGUCUCAAUUUUCGGCUCUUAGGGAUUACACUUCCCGAGGGUUUCUCCAAUCCCCCAAUUUGUCAUCCUUUUCAAACCCUCAUGUCGGCGGCGAUCAUCACUUCUCGGGGUCUAAUUCCGUACAGAGGAACUCUUCUCUGAACAUGCUUCUCUUCCGUGAUUGUCUAAGCUCUUCUUCCAAUUCGUCGCCUUCCUUGCCCCAAUCCAUUCUUUCAUUCGAACAAAGUCCCUGUCUUUCUGGCUCUACUAUGGCGAACCAGUUCAACACCGCUUGUUCUAAUGUAUCUGCAACCUUUGGAGGAUCGUCCUUGACUAUGCCCAAUAUAGAAGAUCAACAGAGUCUUGCAGGAAAUUCAGCUUGGAAAACGGAUGAACCUGAUACUGGCAUGGAUUUCUUUCCUUAUGAGCAGUCUAAUUCAGGGUUGUUGGAAGAAGCCUUACAUGGGUUUUUCCCGAAACCCUCGACAAAAUCUGCGUCGUCAACUAAAACCCACAAUUCCACGACUGGAUCAUCAUCUUCCGCGGCUCAUACGUCCGAUGCUUCUUCUUUUGAUCGUCCUGAGAUUAAGAAGGAAAUUCUGGACGACCAUUUCGGCCUCUACAUUGACAGCUUCAACGGCAACGGCGGUUUUGACUCGCCGGCAACGGCAAUCUACAACGAGUUUCCGUCAAGCCUUCAGGUCAACAUUGAUCCCAUGUUCGGCGAUUUUGUUCAGUACCCAGAUCUUAUGGGAAUCUACGCAGCCAAGCUUCAAAAUGCUUGAACAAGCUUCUGUUGCCAGUUACAUAUGGGAGGCUGAAAAUUAGUUGCAGCUCUCUCUCUCUUCGUUGACAAUGGAACUGUUGUUUACGUUUCAAUGAUUGUUAUCACUAACGCCUCAUCAUAUUUGUAGUGUUAAUGCAAAGGUGUUAUCCCCUAAUCCUUCUAUAUAAAUUAUUUUUAACGUCU